AUGUCGGAUCUCAAUGGAAUGGUUGACCCAAAGAUCUUUGAAGAUCUGCAAACGAAGAUUGAUGAAGAUGCGGAAGUAAGAGAUCAACUGAAAGCUAUCCUACAAACGUUGGAGAGGCAAUGCAGAAAUGCUCAAUCAGUUUUAUCUCGAGCCCAUUCAACGCCGGCUUCUCACUUGCAGCCCGUUCUUGUAUCCGCAGAGAAUGCUAUAAAGGAAGAGGCUGAAAGUAUUCAAAAGCUUGCGGACAUUGCUUCAAACCAUCCAUAUUACAAGUACAAUGGGAUUUGGACAAGAGAUGUGCAGAAUGUGAUCUUUGCCAUCCUUCUCUGCGGAUGGCUGGGUGGCUUGAACAAAGAUGGAAAGCUUGCUCAAUCAGGAAGACUUCUCACUAUCGAGGAAGUAGGAGAGAUUCUUCAAGUCCCCGUCAACCUCAAAGACCGAGACGCAUUCCACAUCAGUAUCGAAGAAUACCUCCUCUCACUCAUUUCCUUGAUCGAAGAGCUUUCACGACUGGCUAUCAAUUCCGUUACUCUCGGAGAUUACCAGAGACCUCUACAAAUCAGUCAAUUCGUUAAGGAUUUACAUGCAGGAUUCCAGAUUCUUAAUUUGAAGAAUGAUGUUCUGAGGAGAAGAAGUGAUGGUAUCAAGUACAAUGUGAAGAAGAUUGAGGAUAUUGUGUAUGAUCUUUCGCUGAGAAAUUUAGUGGCUAGACCUGAAUCUUCAUCUUGA